GGCUCAGCAAUUAUUUCAGGAAUCCAUAUCAGCUAAUGCUGCUCCUCUCCUGAGGCAACCAAGUGAUGGCGCCAUGUCUCGACCAUGGGUAUUGACCUUCUGCCUUUGCCAGGGCAUUUGUUUUGGAUGGCGUCCUUUGGAGCCGGUGGCGCUGAACCAAGUCGAGGCGGUUGCCAGAUCUCGCAGCAAGAGGACGGAAACAUGCAAUCGUUUCCGACAGGUGACAGAGAUGCUGAUGCGCAAGUUUUCCUCCCGAGGGCGCGUUUUAGAUCGGGAGCGUGCUGGUUUUGGUGCUUCGGUAUCUUUGGACUUCGAGAUUGAGUUGAAGGGCAGCCGCUUGGCUAUGACUCCAGAGCUGGUGCUCCACCGUGGAGGCAUUGAUGUGGGCAAGCCUUUGUUUCCUCAAACGUCUCCGUGGUUCAACGUGGACUUGGACGGCGGCAUCUACCUUCAUGGGCAGGAGAAAGAGGAAAGGACAGCUCAUGUCCGGUGGCAGCAGAGUGCUGACGCUCUGAUCGAGCUUCAAACAGCGACCAUCACACCCAGCGAGGUACACGAUGUUCUGGAGGACCUCCAACCUUGGCUGCGUAAGGCCGAAGCUUGCACUGGUCGAUGCUUGCUGCCUCGCAAGAACCGGCAAGAGGUGCGCUUCACACAAUACCGCCGAUUAUCUUCAUGGAAUGCGCCGGACACUGUCCAAUUUACCAUUGGCCUUGAUCUGUCAAAGGUCUUCAUGCUGUUGAAGCUGUCUCCGCACUAUAGCAAAGGAAUCCUUGCGGAUGUCGCGGAGCUGUGCCAAAACCGCAGUGAUGCCUAUGGAUCGCUGGUUGCCCUUGCCGCCGUCACUUUGGAGCAAGCAAAGCGCUACAAGGCUUCGCGUGGAUGCGACCACCCCAAGGCGUUCAUGCAGCCGUACCUGGUUCGCAGCCAUUGGGGAGAUAUGGUGCGAGCGCUCUCUGACGACGAGCGCCAGACAUUUGUCGAUGAUGUUUUGGCUGCCGUUUCAGGCACCGUGGAUCCAGAGGCUCCGCUUUGGGAGCGAAGAUUCUACGACUACCUGAAGUUCCCAGAGACCGUGGAGAUGGCUCGACUCGUGCGUGGCCGCGAUCUAGCGAUGCCAGAGGCUUCUGAAGAUGUCGUCCAGCAGCUGCCGGCCAGCCUCACUGGGCUGAAGCGCCUGGCUGCCAAAGUGCUCAAGCACAAGAGUUCUGUAGACGCAGAGGUGAGCCGGCGCCGCUGCGGCCUCCACGGCCCCGGCGGCGGCGAGGACUUCUCCGCGCGGCAGUGGCUCCAGGCCACGCUGCGAGGUGUUGACCUCAUGUCGGACCACGACUCUCCAGCCAGCAACGGAUCCUUGAGUGGCAUGGUGUGGAAGUCGAUGGGACAUUGGCGGAUGGAGAACGAUCCGCAGCAGCCCAACUAUCGAUUCGUUUACUUGGAGUGCCGGGGCAAAGUCCACAAGCGGCCAUGCUUGGACUUGAAGGGGCGCCGCUGGAGCGUGCCCUCAUACAUGCGGCAUGUUGCACGGAUUGCCAAGCAAUUCGAGUGAGAGCUCGCAUGGGAACACGCCACAUCCCAUGCGUGAGCAUGCGGUCAAAAUGGGC